AUGAGGUUGUCUCCCCCCAAUUGUAAUUCUGUUGGUUUAUUUUCAGGAUCUGGGGGUUUCAAAUUGGGGAGUAAUUAUGCUCCGACUCUGAUGCCCGCUAAAACGGCGAGCAAAGAAGGAUAUACACAAAUAUUAUGGCUCCUGCCGUUGCGGGAUGGGGAGGGUCAGUUGAAGCACCACAUCACAGAAGUUGGUUCUAUGAAUGUAUUCUUUGUGUUUGAAGAUGAUAGAGGUGUUGAGAUCGCUACUCCGCCGACUAAGGAUAUAGUCCUACCGGGUAUCACUCGAGAUUCGGUUUUGAAGAUUCUGGGGGCCGAUGGAAAGGUGCGAGUUUCGGAGAGAGAUGUUACUAUGGAGGAGCUUCUCGAGCGAUAUCGCCGUCGGGAGGUACCGGCACUGGUGCGAUUGUAUGCCCUGUUAAAAGUGUAA